UGUUAUUUUUCGUUGUCGCGGGGUGGGAAUGGUCGCGUAAGUGCUUCCGGGUUGGCGUGUGACCUUGAUCCCGCAGGAGCAUGAUGGCCGCCCUCUGGAGGCUGAGCGUCCUGUGCAGUGCCCAAGGAGGUCGAGCUCUAUUCCUCCGAACCCCAGUGGUCAGACCUGCUUAUGUCUCAGCAUUUCUUCAGGAGCAACCUACCCCAGGAUGGUGUGGAGUGCAGCACAUUCAUCUGUCACCGAGCCACCACUCUGGUUCCAAGGCUGCAUCUCUCCACUGGACUAGUGAGAGGGUGGUCAGUGUUCUGCUCCUGGGCCUGCUUCCAGCUGCUUAUUUGAAUCCUUGCUCUGCGAUGGAUUACUCUCUGGCUGCAGCCAUCACUCUCCAUAGCCACUGGGGCCUUGGACAAGUUGUUACUGACUACGUUCAUGGUGACACAUCGCAGAAAGCUGCCAAGGCUGGCCUUUUGGCACUUUCGGCUUUAACAUUUGCUGGGCUUUGUUAUUUCAACUAUCAUGACGUGGGUAUCUGCAGAGCUGUUGCCAUGCUGUGGAAGCUUUGACCUUUUUGACUUAAUACAUGCAAGAAUUUGAUUGUA